CAGGACGCUCACCAUGCUCCUCCAUCUUCCUGUACUCAUUUUUACUUACAGCACCCAACUUCCACUAUGAACGAUCCAGGCGUCGACCAUGCGCUUCACGAAGCUGCAGCCGACAUCGAACGAGACCCCCAUGAGGCCGAGGAGAAGGAGGAGGAAGAGGAAGAGGAGAAUUUCCUCGAUCCCACUCGUUGGUGGUUUGCUUCUACGGCGUGUCCUUUGAUCGCAGGUACUUUUGGGCCUAUGGCCAAUGCCUUUAGCAUUUGCGCACUCGUGCAGAACUGGAGGGUAUACAUCCCUCCAGGUGUCGAUGAAGGACAUGGCAAAGAUAUCAAGGAUCCUCAAUGGCUCAUCGCAAUCAACUCCGUCUCGCUAGUUUUCGCCUUGAUUGCGAAUAUGGCCCUCCUACUCAAUAUGGCCCGUCGACUAUCGUUUGCCAUUGCUCAGUCAGUAACUAUCGUGGGGUGGUUCAUCUCCUCCGUGCUCCUCAUCGCCCUUGUCUGCGUCGCCUCAUCAUCGCUGUUCCGAAACCAGCCAGCCGAAAGCCAUGCACUCUCACAAGCCUUCUACUAUGCAAUCAUCGCGGCCGCACUUUAUUGUGUGGUCUCGUCUCUGAUGAUAGUAACGGUGUAUGGGGCCUAUCGUAACCAUUAUCCGAGGGAAUUUCAACUCACGUCCAGCCAACGGACGCUCAUGCUACAAACGAUCAGCUUUAUGGUCUAUCUCCUUCUUGGGGCUUUAGUGUAUACAAAAAUUGAAGGAUGGCGGUUCCUUGACGCAGUGUACUGGGCUAAUUUUACAUUGCUGACAAUUGGUAUCGGAGGUGAAUAUGUUCCGGCGACUCACCUUGGACGAUCCUUGCUAUUCCCGUUUGCCAUUGGAGGUAUUCUAAUAGUCGGUUUGGUCAUUGGUUCGGUUAGAUCGUUAGCCCUCGAACGAGGCAAGCACAAGAUGGCUGCCCGGUUCAUGGAAAAGAAACGACAGAGAGUCCUGGCCUCCGUUGACCCCGAUGAGCGUACUAUCAAGAUUGGGCCAUUCAAGAAAAUCAACUUUUCCCAGAAAGGACUCAGCGAACUGCAAAGACGAGAGCGAGAAUUCAACAUAAUGCGACACGUCCAAAAGAGUGCUGAGCAGCGUCGACGAUGGACCUCCCUGGCUAUGUCUACGAUGGCCGCUCUCCUCCUCUGGUUUUUAGGUGCGCUCGUAUUCACAUACUCCGAGAAGCCUCAGGGCUGGAGCUACUUUGUCUCGUUGUAUUUUGCAUAUACUUCGCUGCUCACCAUCGGCUACGGAGAUUUGACACUUUCGUCCAAUGCUUCCAAGCCAUUCUUCGUUUUCUGGACUAUGCUGGCCGUUCCAACGCUCACCAUCUUGAUCAGCAACAUGGGCGACACUAUUAUUAAGGCAUUCAGUGACUUCACCCUCUGGAUCGGCUCCUUGACUGUUCUUCCAGGCGAGAAUAGCACCAUGGCGAAUCUGAAGUCUGCUUCAACGAAGCUGCAGGAUCGUCGUUUCCGCAAUCAACGCGUCAGGUUUGAGAAGCCGCCAGGUCUUCUGCCUACAGACGAGGAUGGCAAAGACAGUAAAUUCUCUGAUAAAGGACUCGAUCGACUAGCAAAGUACAUCGAGGACGAGGAGUUGGAGGAGGCCGAGCAGGCAGAAAACGAGGGCGAUACCCUUGAACGAGACAUUCACUUCUACCACUUCAUUCUUGCGAAGGAGCUUCAGCAGGUCAUGAAAGACGUCGACGCUUCCCCGCCUCGGCAAUACUCUUACCAGGAAUGGGCUUACUAUCUUCGACUCCUUGGUCAAGAUGAGACUGAUGCAUCACGGCACAGGAGAGCACCUGUCAAAGAGGACAAGUCUCGGGUAAAUGGGAUAGGGAAUGGCAACGACAAGAGGGGCGAGAGGGUGGCUUGGAGCUGGCUUGGUACCCGGAGUCCGCUCAUGGGCAACAAGUCUGAAGCGCAGUGGCUUUUGGAGAAGCUAUUGGGGACCCUCGAACGGGAGAUGAGGAAGAUGAGGAACUCUAAAUCUCAAGACCAUAUGGAGCCACCGCCCUUAUCAAUGGCUGAGUUGAAGAAGAAGCCUACCAGCUCGGGGUCGGAGAAAAAUCAGCUGCCAUAAUCUGGGUAUGCUGGCGUCUUGGGGGCAGCAUUCACUCUUUUGUUAAGGUGUUCUGUAAAAGGCUUUCUGGACUCAUUUGCCAGCAUGCAUCGGAGUUUAUGCUUUCGCCAGAUACCUUAGUAUUGAUUUGGCGGAGAAGCGCCCAUUAUUCCAAAACUAGUCUCCAUAUUUCUACUUCUUUGCCAGAAUUGCUCUUUAUAUCAACCCGCAUUGCCUG